CUAUCCCCUUUUUCACAGAGUUACAGAGCUCUACAAAGUUUCAGUCUCCUUUCUGCUUCAACACUGUGCUUCUUCAAUACAAAGCUCUUUCAUCAUCGCCAUGCGUUUCUUCGACCUCAACAUACCUUACGAUGAGCAUUCAUCAUCAUCAUCAUCAUCAUCAUCAUCAUCAUCAUCUUCGUCUUCUUCUUCAAGUAGGAAUCGCAUCAGGAUUGUGGCCAAACUCAUGGAGCUCGGCUACUCUGGUAUCGCCUACAACCGUACAAUCAAAGGAGUGAUGUCCGAUCGAGACCGUUGUUCUAUUCCCCUCCUCAACGUUUCAUCUCUUCACAGUAUCCUUCCAUCGUUCUCCGCCUCCGUAGAGUUCCACCGGGAUCUCCUCGGCGUCCCACGGUCCUCUCGUUUCCGGCAGUACACGCGUCUUACUAUUUCUGUUAACAGUUUGCACGAGGUUAUGGCUGUCAAUUCUGACAACCUUAUUCUGAAGACCUACGAUUUGAUUGCUGUGAAGCCUCUUAAUCAGUAUUCUUUCGAGCAGGCUUGCGAGAAAUUGGAGAUAGAUAUAAUUGCCAUUGAUUUUGCGGAGAAACUGCCUUUCAGUUUGAAGCAAGGUCCGAUUAAAUCUGCAAUUCAGCGUGGAGUUUACUUCGAAAUCAUGUACUCUGAUCUCCUUUCCGAUGUUCAUGAUAGGAGGCAAACGAUAUCCGCUGCUAAGAUCUUGGUGGAUUGGACUAAAGGAAAGAAUCUCAUAUUAUCCAGUGCUGCCCCCUCUGUAAAUGAAAUCAGAGGACCUUACGAUGUCGCAAACUUGUCAUCAUUGCUGGGUGUCUCUAUGGAAUGCGCAAAAGCUGCUGUUUCAAAGAACAGUAGGAGUCUUAUAGCUAAUGCUCUAAAGAGAAAACAAUUCUACAAGGAAACCAUUCCAGUUGAAAGGAUAUCAGCAGAUGAUAAAUUAGAUCUGAAUGACCCUUUGUCAGCGGAUUUGUUCAAAUGGGAUCCUAUAUCAGGUGGUGAAGGUGAUUUUUUAUUGGAUGAUAUAGCAAAAUCUUUUGCUGCCUCUAAUGAAAAAUUGAGAGGUGCGAAAGCCAUUGACGACAUGCCACCACAAGGUUUUCUAGUCAAGAAUGUAAUAUCAGGCUCUAAGGAAAAACUGUUGUUGAAUGAGAAAGGCAAAAGCACUGUUGAAGAAAUUGCGCAGCCAAAGACCUCAAAGAUGGAAGAACCUAUUGAAAUGGACAUUGAUAACGUGCAAUUGAAAAACCCACUACCCAGUAGCGAGUUAAGUGCAGUAUCAGCAAAUGAGCUUCUGAAUUCUCCUACAUCUACCAGAGAUGUAUCAGCUGUAGUUUUCGGAAAUGACAGAAAAGAAACUUCUAAAAUGGAGGCUGUUGAUUUUCAUCAGUAUGAAUAUGGUCUAAAAAGUUCUGAUAUAUUGACUGGUUCAGAAAAUAUGUUGAGGGACAAAACUUCUACUAAUUUGGUUUCAGAAAAUCAAAAGAAUGUGAUAAUGGACGGUACAUUUACAGCUGAAGAAUGUUUACUUGAUGCAAGACUUGGGAAGCCUGGGGAUGUGGCAAUGGCUGAUUGUCAUGUUUCUCCUCUUGGUUUGAAAGAUGAUCAUUUGAUCUCGAUUAGACAACAAACAUCUGAGGUGUUAAUGGAAGAGCAGAAAAGUGGAGAAGCUGAUCCAGAGAUCACACAACCACCUUCCGAUCAGUAGUGUAUAUCUGGUGUGUUGUCAACAGGUACCUAACUCCCAUCGAGAUAUCAGACAUGGAAGCUUGUUUGUUAUCCUCCCCUUUCAGCCUUUGUUCUUCUGAUUUGGAUACUUGAGUAUAUUUUCUUCACUAUAGUAUUCAUAUUAAAGUGUCAACAUUAAUAUUCAACUAGGAGCCGCCAAACAAUUGACAUAUAUGCAACAAACAAGCUCACUUCUUCACUGUAACCCCACAAAAUAUUAUCAGUUUGGGAUAUACCAACUGAAACCUCCAUGUAAAAGCAGGGAAAUGCCCGUCGAAACGGAGAAGACAUCAUCCAAUGUCAAAGCUUUCGCUUGGGGUUAAUCAACCCUCUGGCCUUCAAGAAAGCCCGUGAAACGUAUACAGAGAAGUAGUGAUCAAAACGGAGGAGACAUCACCCAGUGCUAUUGCUUCCGUUCAAGCGCUCAAUCGAUCUGCUAGCCUUCAAGAAGAAGAAGCCAUGGCUAAGCCAGAGAAGUUGGGGCUCAUCAUCAGUCUAAUGAACCAACCAAUUGACCCACCAGGGGAUCCAAACUGUAGGAGGCUUGGAAUUCCAUGAAUCUUCCCCACUGCUUGUAAAGCCGCAAAGCACUUCAUUGGUGGCAACACACAUGUGAGUAGUUUAUAUGCUUAUGAACAGCUAAUAAAUCAGCCAAUUUAUGUUAUUUUAA